AUGCAGUCUCUCCUGCUGGCCCUCUUCCUCCUUCACGCCUGCCCCUCCGGAGGAGCCAGCAACCUCCAUGAGGACCUGACGCUGCUGAGGACGGACCUGGCGCUUCGCCUGUACCGGAGCGUGGCCACGGCCGGCAACCAAACCAACCUGGUCCUCUCCCCCGCCGGCGCCUUCAUCCCCCUGGAGCUCCUGCAGUUUGGAGCCCGGGGGAACACCGGCCGGCAGCUGGCCCAGGCCCUGGGCUACACCGUCCACGACCCCAAGGUCAGAGAAUGGCUGCGGGCUGUCUAUGCCGUGCUGCCCAGCACCAGCCCGGGUGCCAAGCUGGAGCUGGCCUGCACCCUCUACGUGCAGACGGGGACACCACUCACCCCCUGCUUCGUGGAUCAGGUCACCCGAUGGGCAAACAGCAGCCUGCAGCUGGCUAAUCUCAGGGAGCCCAACAGCACUGCCAUGCUGGCCAACGGAUGGGGCCCCAGGCAGACCGCAGGGGACGGGCCGGUGGGCUCCACGUGGGAGCAGGGCGGCGGCGGCGCGGAGUCUGCGCAGCUGGUGCUGGUGAGCACCGUGUCCUUCCAGAGCGCCUGGCGGCAUCAGUUCUCCUUCUCGGACACUCAGCUCCUGCCUUUCACCUGCGCCCAGGGCCUGGCCCUCGAGGUUCCCAUGAUGUACCAAAUGGCCGAGGUCAACUACGGCCAGUUUCAGGACCCUGCGGGCCAUCAGGUGGGGGUGCUGGAGCUGCCAUACCUGGGAACUGCGGCCAGCCUACUCCUGGUCCUGCCUCGGGACAGAGACACACCGCUGAGCCACAUUGAGCCCCACCUCACAGCCAGUCUCCUCCACGCCUGGACCACCAGCCUGAAGAGAGCCCGGAUGGAGGUGUUCCUGCCCAGGUUUAGGAUCCAAAAUCAUUUCGACUUGAAAAACAUUUUAUAUUCCUGGGGAGUCAUCGAUCUUUUUGAUCCACUCAGAGCUAACUUGAAAGGAAUUUCAGGCCAAGAUGGCUUUUAUGUUUCUGAAGCGAUCCACAAAGCCAAGAUCGAGGUUUCAGAGGAAGGAACUAAGGCAUCUGCAGCCACAGCUCUGUUGUUACUGAAAAGGUCUCGGAUUCCUAUUUUCAAAGCAGAUCGGCCGUUCAUCUUUUUCCUGAGAGAACCGAACACAGCAUUUGUCUUCAGUAUUGGGAGAGUUUUGAACCCCCUACAUUGA